CGAGUGGACUUACUGCCCUACAUGUUUACAAUAAAUUCAGACAUGUGUUGGUGAACAUGGAGGCCGGGUGUCAUAUAUAGAACACAUGGAGGAGGAGUUAUAAAGCGUUAUAACGGAAGCGUCCUUCCGCCGCGGGUUCUGGUCCGAUGACAGAUCCUUCCCACGGUAACACAGCGGACAUGGCCACGUCCACCGGAGGAUCAUCCACCGCGGGCAUCCAGGGGUUCCCCAUAAUAACCGGCAGGCCCCCGGAGGACAGCACCGGUAAGGACCCGGAGCAGACCGGAGAACCGAAGAAAAAGCCGUGCAGGGCUUGUACCGACUUCAAGUCGUGGAUGAAGGUCCAGAAAACGCCACAGACCCCAGCAGCAGCAGCGCCACAGGAGGCCCCAGCUGAGCAUGUGGAGCCCCAGCGGCAGCCGGAGUGUCCGCUGGACAGGGAAGAGUUAGGGCGUAACACCUGGUCCUUCCUGCACACCAUGGCAGCUUACUACCCAGACCGGCCCUCCCCCAGACAGCAGACAGACAUGGGACAGUUCAUCAACCUCUUCUCUAAGGUCUUCCCCUGCGAGGAGUGUGCUGAGGACCUGCGGACAAGGCUGAAGACCAAUCAGCCAGAUGCCAGUAGUCGCCACGCCCUCUCCCAGUGGCUGUGUGGCGUCCAUAACGACGUCAACGCUCGGCUGGGGAAGCAGCCGUUUGACUGUUCCCUCGUGGAUGAGAGGUGGAGGGACGGUUGGAAAGAUGGCAGCUGUGACUGAUUCGUUACUGUUACCUGGGAACUGAGAGAUACAGGACGCGUCUAUUCACAUCCUGUUCCCUGUAUAGUACCGUUUAGGGAACUAUCUGACACAGAGACUGGUUUCUAUUUUCUGAUUGGCUACGGAUCUACAUGAUGUUCGCUAUCAAUCUGUUGUCCAGUGCCUUCAGAAAGUAUUCAAACCCCUGGACUUAUUACACAUGUUGUUGUGUUACAGCCUGAACUCAACAUGGAUUACAUAUCCCAUAAUGACAUCACAAUACCCCUAAUGACAUCACAAU